CGGUGACGGCCCUGCUCCCCCCCCUCUCCCUGUGCACGCGGUGGGCUCUCCCGGCCUGCCCCGCGGCGCUCGGUGCCCUUGGUGCGGCCGCGGCGCGGGGCCCGGAGCGGCGCGGAGCGGUAACGGCCGGGGCCGCGCGGCGGCAGUCAUGGUGAAUUUUGCCCAAGCUGUGCGUGAUCACUGGGUUCACAUCCUCGUUCCCUUAGGAUUUGUGAUUGGAUGCUAUUUGGACAGAAAGAAUGAUGAAAAACUGUCUGCCUUCAGAAACAAGAGCUUACUAUAUAGAAGAGAGUUGAAGCCUGGUGAAGAAGCCACAUGGAAAUAAAGGCUGCUGAUAAAACGGAAAACAUUUUUGUUAAAUUCAUCAAGUGUUGAAAGUUACGGUUUUUACCUUGAGAGAAUAUGUGAACCUACAGAAAAUGACACCUGCCAUUCUUAAGUGCUAGUUUAAUUUCCAAUCUUACUUUUUGGGAGAUGAUUUAAUUACAUGACUAAGAUGUGUCCAGGAAUUCCAUUAAUCCAUAAGUGUUGAGAAACUUUUGUCCCCAGAAAUCAUACUCUGGAGGAGGGAGGAAGAAUUAUGUAAUAAAGAAAAACUAUGCAAAAAUCA